AUGGUCAAUCAAAGGAGAAAAUACAGCAAUGAAGAGAGACAAACACUUUAUGCGACUGUGCAGAGGAUCUGGACUGAUGGACAACGUGGUGGUGUUGAAGGAGUCAAUAGCAAGAAGCCGAAGAAUUAUGGUUGCAAAAGAAUUGCAUUCGAUGCCGAUGCCAUCAAAGAGAUCCCGCCAUCUAAGAGAACUACCCUCAAGGAUCUGGCCAAUGAAUUGCAUAUGGCAAAGGCCACUUUGUUUAGGCGGCUGAAGGAGGGCAGAUUUAGGUGGUACACUAAUGCGAUCAAGCCGACUAUCACCGAAGAAAAAAAGAAAGCUAGGAAAUUUUACUUGGCAAAUGACGAGGAGGAUCCAUUGAGAACCACGCAGAGCAAGCACUUCAUCGAGAAGGUUAUGUUUCUUGCAGCCGUUGCUAGACCAAGAUUUGAUGCAGAAAAAAACAUUACAUUCGAUGGGAAGAUUGGCAUCUUUCCAUUUGUGACCGAGAAGCCAGCUGAAAGGAGUAGUGUGAAUCGACCGAAAGGUACUAUGGAAACUAAGGUGUUGCCGACGGUCACCAAGGAGGUUAGUCGUGAUUACCUGGUGAACAAAGUAUUGCCAGCUAUCAAGGAGAAGUGGCCCGAAGAAGAUCGUGGUAGGCCAAUCAUCAUUCAACAAGAUAAUGCAAAAACUCACAUUUCAGUCCAUGAUCCAGAGUUUGUAGCAGCAGCCACCUCCGAUGGGUUUGACAUUCAGCUUACAUGUCAGCCACCCAACUCUCCUGAUACCAACAUUCUAGACUUGGGUUUAUUUGCUGCACUUCAGUCUUUGUUCCAAAAGUCAUCUCCAAGAUCUCUCAAGGACAUAGUCACAAAGGUAAUUCAAGCUUGGGAUGAAUAUCCGGUUGUCAGGAGCAACCGUGUCUUUUUAACCCAUCAAACAUGCAUGCGAGAGAUCAUGAGGUUGAAAGGAGAACACAAGUACAAGAUCCCGCAUAUCGGCAAACAAGCUAUGGAGAGACUUGGUGCACUUCCAGCUGGGCUGCACUGUGAACCCACUAUUGUGAGUGAGGCUACAGAGUUCCUAAAUGGGACUACACAGGAGUAG